CCACAUUUUCUGGCACUGAGUUAUAUCACGAGCUGUUCAUUAUUCUAAAGUGCUAAAUCUGCAAUUCCAUUUAAAACUGCAUUCGUCUGCAAAGAAAGAUCAAAUGAAAAUACAUGGCUAAGCUGUCUUUGCUGAACACUCUACUAAUCUCUUCUAUUUCCAAAACAUUCUGCUUCGUUAAUCGUGGUUUGUCAAGCCUCUGCCUUAGGGCAAAGACAGCAAAACUAUUAAACCCAAUGUGAAGUUGCCGCUAGCUCACUCGCUGCAUUGAGCAAGACAGAGCAGGAUAACAUGGCAGCAAUAAAAACGUCGAUUGAAGAGCUGAAGAGCAGAACACAAACGGCUGCAAAAGGAAUGUCAGAUACAGUAGUGGAGGCAGCUCAAGAAGCAGUUCAACAGGUGGCUGAAUCAUCCAAGGACACCACAAAAGCAGCCACUGAAGAAGCAUCAAAGCAAACACAAACUGCUAUCAACUCUGUUGCUUCCAAAGCACAGGACAGCAUCAAAGUUCUUGGCCAGAGGCUUGUUCAGAAAUAAACUUUUGGCUUUCUUUUUUGCAAAAUUGAGAGGUUUCACAUAUAUUACCAUUCAAUUCUGCAUAUUAGAUAUAUUGCAUUAGAUAUAAUACUCAGAACUCUAAAACAAAUCUAUAGAAUCCUUAAUGGAGGAAUCUUACUAAACACCCUUUGACAGUUAAAAUGUGAAGAUAGCUUGGCCUUCAGUUUAUUUCAGUACCAUUACAUUGUAAAAGAGCAAAAUAAAGAUAGUAUUUCACAUAAAAACAUAAGAGAAAUCAAAUCAAAGCCGAACAUUUGUCAAAGGCAGGUAACGAAUACAUGAUAAAACAACAAUGUACCUUCACAAAUUAGUAGUAAAAUUUCUUAAUUACGCAAAACCUUCCCUUGACCCAGCACACUAAACAAGGUUUUAUGUACAGUUCGGUAAUGUCAGAGGAAAAAGCCACAAAAGCAUUUAAGUAAAUGUUGAAAAGUCCUUCAUGCUAAGCUAUUGAAGGUCACAAGUGGUAUUCAAUUAUGUUCAAAUAUACUGAAAUAGAAUAUUUUAAUACCUUCAGCCCUUAUAGUGGAAGACUGAAAUGUCAUCAUUUCAGUAUGUGACACUUUUACUAUGAUGUGGCAAAAUGCAAUUUGGUAAGGAAUAUAAAGUGGAAGGUACUUCUUCCUCAGAGGUGAAAGAAUAUGCAAACUUAAUGCCUUUCUACUCUUUCCACAUUAUUGAACAGUAGUAUGAAAUCUCAUUUUGAAUAAUGUCGUCUGCUGAUAAAACUAAGGGCUAAGUGUGCUAGAAAAUGCAAGAUUUCCAACAAAGCAUUCACAUGCAGUGAUAUCACCAGCAAGAUAUAGAACAGAGGAAUAGGAAAAGCACAUUAACAACUCACAUCCUAUUCAUUAAAAAGACGUUUGCAUAUCCUUCAUUUUCUAUCUACUGUAUCCUUGGAUACCAUAGUGAGCAGUUUCUUCCUUCUCAAUAGUUAUCAAAAGUGUUAUGUUAAAUAUAUCAUAAAUGAUUCAAAUUUUGUCUAUUUCCUAUAAAACAAUUAGAUAUGGAGAUUAAAUAAUAUUUUUGAAAAAUUUAUCUAAAUUUUAGUAUUAGAGAUUUUCAAUUAAAAAUUGUGUGUGGGUGUUCCUGAACAAUAUUUUCAUUUUGAGAAUCCUAAUGAAUGCCUGUUAGAAAUAUUAUAUACUUAACGCUGUACUUAAGAUUACGCAAAUAGAUGUACAAUUACAAGAACCUUUUUCUACAUAUUUUGUUAAUAAAUAUUUAUGAAUAAUAUUGAGGGCCAAAUAUACUAUUUGUCAAAAUGAUGAAGAGGGAUGCAGGUCAAGAGGGCAGAGAUGCUGAACAUGGGGUUACUAUUCAGGUUUCUAUUUAUAAGGUGCCAGAAAUCAGUCUUCAAAUCAUUCUUUUCAGACCCAUCCAUCUGCUUUAAGUACUAAAUAACAAAAGUAAGAAAAAUAGGAAAAGCUGAACCAGAAUGCACAGUUUAUAAAAAAUGCUAUAUUUAAUAGUAAUGAUUUUGAGUACUGCGUAAUACAGUUUAGAUUUGGCAUCAAAAUCAUUUGGCUUUUGUUUGUAUUCUAUGAUUGAAUUUUUAUUAAAGGAUGAAUUUAUUGUUAAGCUUUCUACUGAACCAUGUAUACUGUAAAUCCUGAAGUUAAAACCUAACUAACUUUCCUGGAUUUAAGGCUCA